AUACAGAAGCGAAUCCGCGAGCGUCCUUCCAGCAACGAGUCACGAGUGUCAGUGGAACUCGGAGUGAAUCGGAGUCUUCACCUUUUCAAUUGCGGCAUCUCAAUUUGUUUAUUUUGUGCAAGUUAUAGGCUUUACUGCUUGCCUUCGUUUCUAGUUGGCGUCCCAGAGCAGAGUGAUACAAACUGGUACGACCUUCGAUUCAUGGUAGAAUACUGUCACUGCAAGACGGAAGUUCGUUCCAUCUGACUCUUGAAUACGAAAUCACGAACAUUAACAAACCUCGUUAACUUUUUUGUCUUAUCAGUCAGAUCACUGUCCAGUGCUACUGUUGCCCUUACAAUCGAACCACAUCGGUCCCACUUAGCCAGCCAGAAGAGAUGACUUUGAAGUAUGUCUGGUUAGACGUUGAUCCGGGACAUGAUGAUGCCGCCGCACUUAUGAUGGCCUGUCAACUAGAGAAUAUCAAACUUCUUGGAGUAUCCAGUGUUCAUGGCAAUGCGUCCGCUGAUUGCACUGCCAAGAACACUGCAAGGUGUCUGCACGCAUUCGCCGCACCUUCCGAUGUUCUCGUAUAUCCUGGCGCAUCCAAGCCGUUACUUCGACCCACAAAGCACGAUCCUGAAAUUCACGGAGAAGAUGGCCUAGGAGGUGUUGUAGGGCUCCCUUCAGCUGAUAGUCCUGAAGUUCAAGCACGAUUUGCUCGGAAAGAUGAUGGGUCGUUCAUCCAUGCCGUCGAGGGAAUGGCAACAGCGAUCAAGGAUGUGUGGCGAAAUGGUACUGGAUAUCAAGUGUCGGUUGUCUCCUCCGGACCUAUGACGAACAUCGCCCUAUUUGUCAGCGUCUAUCCAAACCUUAUGGAAGCAGUAGAGCAAUUUGUAUUUAUGGGCGGAGGAGUGGGUGUCGGAAAUAGGUCUGCCGUCGCAGAAUUCAAUAUUAUGUGUGACCCUGAGGCGGCACAGAUUGUCUUAGACGCUCCAGUCAAGGCUGUUAUGAUACCCAUCAAUGUUACACACACAGCCAUUAUUACUUCAGCUAUCCAUUCCCGUCUGAGAUCACCCCAUUUACCCGUUGUAGACGGCGUGCUGGCACAUCCAUCCACUAAUCUCAGAAGCACGCUUUCUUCCAUCAUCAGUUUCUUCGCAGGAACGUACAAGUCAACAUUUGGUUUCGAUCAAGGUCCUCCUCUCCAUGAUGCGCUAACCAUCGCAUAUGUGUCCCAUCCUGAGCUCUUUGAAACUCGACGUUUUAGAGUGGAUGUAGAGUUGCAUGGUAAGCACACCGCAGGAGAGACGGUCAUUGACGUCUGGAAUUAUCGAGUAUGUGAUGACUCGUGGGGCUCUAACGGGAAGAAUUGCGUGGUUGCCCAGUCCGUUCAGGUCGCCCAGUUUUUUGAAUUGCUUUUGCAUUGUGUCUCCCGAUGUGAUGCCAUAUCCCCGCUUAAUAUACGACAAUGACAGUUCACAAGUUCACAUUACAUUCUACUUGCUCAUGAAGGAUUUCCCCUAUCUGUUCCCCCACGGUCAGGACUGCUCUAAGCGUGGGACUGCCCUUCGGAUUUUAUUACAUGCUAUCAAUCACGAUGUCAUCUCAUGACUGGUAUACACUGCCAUUUCUGCCAGCACUUUGCCACUGUAUAAUGGUUGAAGACACCAUGGCGGUCGAGCGCUUUCGAUAAGGCUAUUAUUGA